UCGGGGGAUGGAGAUGCUAUAGCAGCGGUACAUGCUCCUGCUACAUUAUUAUUAGCAUUCAGCUUUUCAUUUACAAUCGAUUUAUAAUAACUCUUCGGGACCGACGGUCGAUAAGAAAGCGCUAGCCAUGAAGUGAGUGGGUCAAAGGUUAUCUGCUGAUAUUGCCUGCAGCCAGGCCGCCAUUGAAACCGCACAGAAAACACAGCGCAUGCGCACACAGUCGCUUGUUCACUGUCGCGAAGCCAUCUUGCAUGACUGGACAUGUGAUGUGAGUUGUGAACACGUGAGGGUAGCACUCGAACCCGCGUGACCUCCCGCGGCCUGUGAAAGCAAGGACUGAGGACUGACGCCGGGUCCUCCUCAGGGGGAUUGGUGUGUUGUAUCUGUGUGGACAACGCAAGAUGUCAGAGGUAGAGGUUGAAAUUGUUGUCGCCAUUCUCGACAAAAACAGGGGCUUUGCUCUUGGCAAGAAAUUUCCAUGGCCCUACCUGAAGGGUGACCACGAAUUUUAUAUUAAUCUGACAACAACUCGGACGGAUCUCAGUAAAAGGAAUGCCUACAUCAUGGGGAGGAACACCUGGGAGGAGUGGCAGGGGAACGAAAAGCAGAACCCGGCGCUGUUCACUGUUGUCACCAGCAGGACCCUCAGGGAUGACGGAGUGCCCCACCUCCAGAAAGUGUUACCUUCCCUUGAGGACGCCAUCACUUACGUGACAACAUCGCCGGUUCGCGAACAAAUCGAGAAAGUGUUUCUCAUGGGCGGCAAGCAGAACUAUGAUCAAUUUAUCGACGAUCCGCGCCUAAAACGGAUCUACGUCACGAGAAUCUUUGGCGACUUCGAGGCUGACGUUGUGUUUCCGGUGUUUGAGCACAGGUUCAAGAGGGUCAGUCCAGCGCCAUCUUUGGACGAAAGUCUGCAGGAGGACAACGGAGUCCAGUAUCAGUUCGAACUUUGGGAACCCAUCAGCAGUUAGUACAACGCAUGUGCAGACAGCAUGGUGUGAUUCACUUCUGGGAUUUUUUCCAACAUGAUUUGAGACAUAUACCUGAGGAUCCAAAUUGGUUACAAUCGCUGCUUGUGAGGCUGGUCGUAAAAACUAAUGAAAGUGUUAUUUC